AUGAAGUCUGUGCUGGACGGUGUGGCUGACACCACCUUCCGGACUAUCACAUCUGGUUUACAGUAUCUCGGCUCCAACGACGCUAACUACGACAACCCAGCCAAUGAUGUAGACUUCAAGGGAGGCUUCUCUCUGCAGAAGCCCUUAUCUGCUUUCCGCAGCAACUCCUUCCCAGACAAAGUACCUGCGGACGAGGAGCUCAUCCUCAAGGGCAUCCCGUUCUUCCCCACCAACGCCACAGACCUCUUUGGCAACAGGAGCAGAGAUGAGACUGGCAGUAUGCAAUGUGGGGAGAACUUUAUGGACAUGGAGUGUUUCAUGAUCCUGACUCCCAGUCAGCAGCUGGCUGUGGCUAUGAUGUCUCUGACUCUGGGCACCUUCACGGUGCUGGAGAACCUGGUGGUGCUGUGCGUCAUCCUGCAGUCCCGCACCCUCCGCUGCCGUCCGUCCUACCACUUCAUUGGCAGCCUGGCAGUGGCUGACCUGCUGGGCAGUGUCAUCUUUGUCUACAGCUUUCUGGACUUCCACGUUUUCCACCGGAAGGACAGCCCCAAUGUUUUUCUCUUCAAGUUGGGCGGGGUCACGGCAUCGUUCACGGCGUCUGUGGGCAGCCUUUUCCUCACGGCCAUUGACCGCUACAUCUCUAUACACCGGCCUCUCUCCUACAGGCGCAUCGUGACCCGGACCAAGGCGGUCAUAGCCUUCUGUGUGAUGUGGACUAUCUCCAUUGUCAUCGCUGUGCUACCUCUGCUGGGCUGGAACUGUAAACGUCUCAAUUCUGUUUGCUCAGAAUUAUUCCCUCUUAUUGAUAAGAACUACCUGAUGUUCUGGAUCGGUGUAACCAGUGUGCUAGUUCUUUUCAUCAUCUACGCCUACAUGUACAUCCUGUGGAAAGCACACCACCACGCUGUGCGCAUGCUGAGCCGAACCUCCCAGAAGAGCCUUGUGGUUUACUCAGCAGAUGGGACUAAAGUGCAGACCACACGCCCUGAGCAGACACGCAUGGACAUCCGUCUGGCCAAGACCCUGGUCCUCAUCUUGGUGGUUCUGGUCAUAUGUUGGGGCCCAGUGCUCGCCAUCAUGGUCUAUGACCUCUUCUGGAGUAUGGGCAAUGACAUCAAGACAGUAUUUGCAUUCUGCAGCAUGCUCUGCCUGCUCAACUCCACCGUCAACCCAAUCAUCUACGCCCUGAGGAGCAAGGACAUGCGGCAUGCCUUCCUCAGCUCCUGCCACGCCUGCAGGGGCAGCUCCCAGCAGCUGGACAAUAGCCUGGAGUCAGACUGCCAGAACAGACACAUUUCGGCCAACAGGGCUGCAGAGAGCUGCGUGAAGACCACUGUGAAAAUAGCCAAAGUAACAAUCUCUGUGUCGACUGAAACCUCUGCAGAAGCUGUCUAA